CUCAAAUUAUAUAACCACAAACCAAUCAUUACAUUUUCAAACACUUCUCUCACCAUUUUCAGUCAUCAAUAUGAAAAUCUAUACCUUUCUUUUUCUCCCUUUCUUUCUUCUUCUUCUUCUUUCAACUUGCUGUUUUGCUCAGCUUCAUCUCAACUUUUACCAUAAUUCAUGUCCAAAUGUUGAGUCCAUUGUAAGAGCUGCAGUGAAACAGAAAUUUGAACAAACUUUUGUCACUGCCCCUGCCACUUUAAGGCUCUUCUUUCAUGAUUGUUUUGUUAGGGGUUGUGAUGCUUCUGUGUUGAUUCAAACAAAUAACCACACUUCUGAGAAAGAUAAUGCAGAGAAUCUUUCGCUCGCCGGAGACGGGUUCGACACUGUAAUCAAAGCUAAGGCUGCCGUCGAUAGCGUGCCGGGAUGUAAGAAUAAGGUCUCUUGUGCUGACAUAUUGGCUUUGGCUACUAGAGAUGUUGUAGCUUUGACAGGAGGACCGUCGUAUGACGUGGAGUUAGGAAGACGAGACGGGCGGAUCUCGACGAGAAAGAGCGUUCGACAUCAUCUUCCUCAGCCUGGUUUUGGAUUAAAUCAACUCAAUGCUAUGUUUGCAAAACAUGGUCUAACUCAAACAGACAUGAUUGCUCUCUCAGGUGCACAUACAAUUGGAUUCUCACAUUGUAAGCACUUUUCCAAAAGGCUAUAUAGUUUCCACGGCAAAAACAGAGUCGACCCCACGUUCAAUCCGACAUACGUCGACGAGCUCAAGAAGGAAUGCCCGAGAAAUGUCGACCAGAGAAUCGCGGUUGACAUGGACUCGACGUCGUCGUUCACAUUCGACAACAUGUACUUCAAGAAUCUUCAAAUGGGAAAAGGACUGUUCACCUCAGACCAAGUCUUGUUUACUGAUCCAAGAUCAAGAAGAACAGUGAACUUAUUUGCUUCCAACAAUACAGCUUUUGAGCAAGCUUUUGUGGUUGCAAUGACAAAGCUUGGGAGAGUUGGAGUUAAAACAAGAAACCAAGGGGAGAUCAGAAUUGACUGUUCAUCAGUGAACUAAAUAAUAAAUUAAAAAAAAAUCAUGUUUCUUGUAACAAUUCAGAAUUAAAUUGUAACAAAAAGAAUUUGUUUGAAUGAAGAUCGAUACGACAUCGACGAGUUUGUUA